GUGCUGAGUCACUGAUUCCAGUUCUCGCUGUGCCUCUCUCGCUCGCUCUGGGUUUGUGUUCAUCUUCCAAGUUCAAAGUUAUAUCCCAGUUCUAUAGAGAGAUUUUUCGAGAGAGAGAGAACCGUGGGAACCGUGGGAGUUUGUGAUACGAGGAUGUCUCUAACGAGCGUGAAAAUGUCGGAGGAUGUGUGGUUAACGUGUUUCACUCAUUCAUUCUCCUCUGAGACUGAAGAAAUUAUGGGGCUUCUACUUGGGGACGUUCAGCAUUCAAAAAAUGGAAGUGUGACUGCACUGAUUUGGGGAGCAUUGCCUCAACCACGUUCUGAUCGGAGGAAGGACCGAGUAGAGACUAACCCUGAACAGUUGACCGCUGCAUCAGUUCUGGCUGAGAUAUCCUUUUUAUAG